AUGGCCGACUCGAGCGCUCCAGCGCCCCCAACCGACGAGGUGGCCAACCUCCACCUCGACGAGGUCACGGGCGAGCGCAUCUCCAAGACGGAGCUCAAGAAGCGCCAGAAGCAGCGCCAGAAGGAGGCCGGAAAGGCUGCCAAGGCCGCCGCGGCUCCCGAGAAGCCCUCCAGCAAGCCCAAGACUGCCGCAGGCGACGAGGAGAAGGACCUGAACCCGAACCAGUACUACGAGAUCCGGACCCGCCACGUCAAUGAGCUGCUCAAGAGCCCCGAGACGAACCCCUAUCCCCACAAGUUCCACGUCACGUACGACGACUCCAAGUUCGUCAGCGAGUUCGGCCACCUCAAGUCGGGCGAGUCGGCUGAGGACAAGGUGAUCCAGAUCGCUGGCCGCAUCUACAACAAGCGCGCGAGCGGAUCCAAGCUGAUCUUCUAUGACCUCCGCACCUCGGCCGACACCGUGAGCAUUGGCACCGCGAUCCAGAUUGUCUGCCAGGCCCAAUUGGUCAAGGGGGGCGCCGUUUCGUUCGAGAAGCAACACGAGAAUAUCCGCCGUGGCGAUGUCAUCGGAAUCACUGGCUAUGCCGGCCGCACAAACCCCAAGAACAAGCUGGCCGAGGGCAAGGAGGGCGAGCUGUCCAUCUUCGCGACCGAGAUUACGCUCUUGAGCCCGUGCCUGCACAUGCUGCCCAGCGUCCGUUUCCCGUUCUCGGAUGGCGAGCAGAGAGCCCGCAUGAGAUACCUCGACAUGCUUUGGAACGACCAGACCCGCAACGUGCUUUGGCAGCGCAGCAGAAUGGUCCGCUACAUCAGAGACUUCUUCCACGAGCGCCGCUUCAUCGAGGUUGAAACUCCGAUGAUGCAUGCCAUUGCAGGCGGAGCAACCGCACUUCCUUUCAUCACGCACCACAACGACUUGGAUGUUGACAUGUUCAUGCGAGUGGCGCCGGAGCUGUUCCUCAAGAAGAUGAUUGUGGGACAGUUUGGAAAAGUUUUUGAGCUUGGAAAGAACUUCCGAAACGAAGGAAUCGAUCUUACUCACAACCCCGAAUUCACGUCGUGUGAGUUCUACUGGGCUUAUGCCGAUGUGUACGACGUGAUGGCCUUGACAGAAGAGUUGGUGUCAUCUCUUGUCAAAGAACUCACGGGCUCUUACAAGACCAAGUUUACAACUCAGCACGGAGAGGUCUACGAUGUUAACUGGGAGGCCCCGUGGCGGAGAGUUGAGAUGAUCCCCGAACUGGAGAGAGCUACAGGGGAGAAAUUCCCGCCCUAUGACGAACUCCACACCGACGAGACCAACAAGUUCCUGCAGAACAUUUGCAAGAAGAUGAAGGUCGACUGCGCUCCGCCACUCACUAACGCGCGGAUGAUUGACAAGCUUACUGGAGAGUUCAUCGAGAACACCUGCGUCAACCCUACGUUCAUUCUUGAGCACCCGCAAAUGAUGAGUCCUCUGGCCAAGUAUCACAGGACCAAGAAGGGCCUUUGCGAGAGAUUCGAGGCAUUUGUGUGCAAGAAGGAAAUUGCGAACGCGUACACUGAGUUGAACAAUCCGUUCGACCAACGACUUAGAUUCGAGGAGCAAGCCCGCCAGAAGGAUGCGGGAGACGACGAGGCGCAAAUGGUUGACGAGAGCUUCUUGAAUGCCCUCGAGUACGGCCUGCCGCCAACUGGUGGCUGGGGUCUUGGUAUUGACCGUCUUGCCAUGUUCAUCACCAACAACUACUCGAUCAGGGAGGUGCUGGCGUUCCCAUUCCUCCGCGAGGAGAAGCAGGGUGGCAGGGAGAAGUUUGCGGCCGAGGUUGUCGAUGUGCAGCCGCUGCCUGUGGAGGGCAUCCCCCAUAAAUAG